GCGAGACCCGAAGCUUCAGGACACCUAACACAACACCUUACGGCACAGUUCAGUACAGGACGAUCAAAGUGCCCGCAUCAGAAACGAUCCGGCGCUUCCAAUGCGACUGUCUAGAUGACGUUGUUCUCGUUCCUCUUCUCCGUGGGGCUGGCGGUCGGCCCGCCGUUGAUCUACGGCGAACAGGCGUACCAGAUGCAACAGAGACGCAACUCCGAGGGAUUCUCAAAAGAUGUAUGCGCAGUUCUUCUGGUGGCAAAUAUCUCUCGCAUCUAUUGGUGGUUCGGAGUGCACUUCGAAAUCCCUCUUCUCAUUCAGUCCAUAUUGAUGAUCGCGGCCCAGCUUGGUCUACUGUACCUCUGUCUUUACUAUCGACCGGGUUCAUGGGCUUCAUCUGCCUUCAGUGUAUCAUCAGAGGACCGGCAAGGAAGCGUUGUUUUCGAUGCGAAUACCCCAGGGACCGGCCUGCCUCGAGAUGGAAGCUCCACAGCGUUUACCCCAUAUCCACCGUUCCAAGUUGUUGUCGACCCACCUCCCGAAGAAUUGGAGGGCGGCUUAGGUCACCACGCGCCCUCACAUGUUCCGACUGGAGAUGACAGGAUUGGCUCGAGUCUCAACGUAUCACAGACGCAGCAAAAUGAAGGCGUUUCUCAACUUUCUGUGAACAGCCUGCACCUGCCCGAAGUGCUCGCUUCGAAUAGGCCUUUCAACUUUUGGGUUUGGCCAGACUAUCAAUCAUAUAUCUGGGCGCUUCUCAUUGUCGUGGCCGUCCUCGGAAUAUUUCAAGUGCUCCUCGGCUGGUCUUCUGUUUAUGUCGCUAUCCUCGGCACAUUCGCUCUCGGGCUGGAGAGCAUGCUACCAGUACCUCAGCUGAUCCAGAACCACAAGCGACAGUCGCUCGCUGGAUUUCAGCUGAGCGUGCUUGGAGGCUGGACGCUGGGAGAUGCUAUCAAGUCUGUUUACUACAUCAAUAACGGCGCCCCCGUACAGUUCAUCAUUUUUGGCCUCUUUCAGCUGAUCGUCGAUUUGCUGAUUUGCGCUCAAGCAUACACAUAUCGCGAUAAGACCGUAAGCGACAUGGCAGCGAUGCAAGCGGUGCAAGAUCAGGCAGUAGCGCAGCGGCGAGCAGAGCGUGGAGAAGGAGAAUCAGAGCUGGAUACAGGAAGGUGUGCGCUUAAUGAUAGACCGCCGACAGGCUCGAUCGGUCCUAAUGGCUCACCCUUUGUGGCAGAGGAGCAUUCGGUGUCACCUAGCAAUGCUCCUUUCGCCGUGGGCGAGAUCGAAGCUGACGAAGACGAUAGCUCUAGCGAAAACCCGUCACGAUGACGGACUCUUAGAGAAAUAGAUUGCGUGCAUU